CUGCGCUCGUUGCCCGAGCAGCAAUCCCGCGGUCGCGCAUUUCUCGCGACUUCGGUAGUGUUAUCUAUACAUUUCCUUGUGUGUACAUCCGUGUCGCGAAUUAAUUCGCCCACAAAAUUUUUGCAAAAAAUUCCUCUUUGCCAUGAACACAAUAUAUUGCAUGUGAAUAAUAUAUACAUACCGAAAGCGCGAGUGUCUCAUCGCCACUUGCGAAUCGAUAAAUAUUCGUGUUUAUCUCUACUUGUGGCCUGUGUCGUUGAUUCACCAGUUAGGGAGAUGCUGAGCAUCGCUUAGAUCUCCUCUGAUCGCUUCGACCGGCCACUGAGUUUUUCACCCCUUUCACAUGAAAGCUGUGCAUCAUCCCUCGGAUUCGGAGCAGUGAAUCAAACUCGAACCACCUCUCGUAUCAACAAUAAAAAAAAAAAAAAAAACAUCUCAAAGUGUGUGCGCGAGAGAGUGGUGUUGGGUGUCGAAGAAAAAGCAAGAUGAUAAGCUCCGUCGUGGGUUACGGCCGGUGUCAACGUUAGCCGGGAGGUCAAUCGCCGGUGGCUGUCUCCUCCUUUUCCUCCCCCUCCAGUCUGGAGCGUCGUAUUUUUCCUUCUUUUCCGAAGAUGCCGUUGACGAGCGCGUCGUCGUUCUGAUCGAGCGAUCGGCAGCUGCAGCGAGAGUAGAAGAUCACGAGAGUCUUCGGAGCAAGAAAAGUAUAAAGAAAGGGUAUAGGUGGGUUAGCGCAUACAGUGAGUGAGUGAGUGAGUGCGAGUGAAGAUGAGGAGGACGAUCGCCAUGCCCGAGCCGAUGAUCACCAGGAGGAUGACGGUCGUCGGGGUUUUGUUGAAGACGUCGAGGUAGAGGCCGUCGCCCUCGCGCGGCCACUCUGGGAUUAAAUGGUCUUCGAGAAGAUCGAAAUGCGGAACCCGGGCUUCCUCUUCGAGAACGCCAGGCACGGGUACAUACAGUACAUCAGCCUGAGCGAAUGUUACUUCGCGGGGAAGGGCGCGGCGUUGGUGCUGCCGCCGAACGAGCGAGCCCGGCCAUCCCGGCGUGUCUCCACGGCAGGAUGCGACAUACAACAGCACCUCCAGUCGAUGUUUUACCUGCUCAGGCCCGAGGAGACAUUGAAAAUGGCGGUGAAGCUGGAAUCGGUUCACCCGGGCCGCACGCGCUACUUGGUGGUGGUGUCGUGCACGGGACGCCAGGACGCCGAGGAGAGCUGCCUACUCGGGAUCGACUGCAACGACCGCGCCACCGUCGGACUGGUCCUGCGAGUACUCGCCGACACUGCCAUCACUCUGGACGGCGAUGGAGGCUUUAGUGUCAGCGUCUGCGGUUGUCAGCACAUCUUCAAGCCAGUCUCCGUACAGGCCAUGUGGUCGGCCCUGCAGACGCUGCACAAGGUAUCGAGCAAAGCGCGCGAGCAAAACUACUUUCUCAGUGGAUUAUCGCACGACUGGGUCAGCUACUAUGAGCAGCGCAUCGAGAGCGAUCGCUCGUGCCUCAACGAGUGGCACGCGAUGGAUAAUCUCGAGUCCCGGCGGCCACCCUCGCCCGACAGCGUGCGAAACAAGCCGAGGGAGAGAGAGGAGACCGAGCGGGUGAUAAGGGCGACGCUCAAGGAGAUCAUGAUGUCGGUGGAUCUCGACGAGGUCACCUCAAAGUACAUACGGGGCAGACUCGAGGAGGACCUCGACAUGGACCUCGGCGAGUUCAAGUCGUUCAUCGAUCAGGAGAUGCUCACCAUUCUCGGGCAAAUGGACGCGCCCACCGAGAUAUUCGACCACGUCUACCUCGGUAGCGAGUGGAACGCCAGCAAUUUGGAGGAAUUACAGAAGAAUGGGGUGAGGCACAUAUUGAACGUGACCCGGGAAAUCGACAACUUUUUUCCGGGGAUGUUCAACUACUUGAACGUGCGCGUCUACGACGACGAGAAGACGGAUCUGCUCAAACAUUGGGACGACACGUUCAAGUACAUAAGCAAAGCCAAGAAGGAGGGCUCGAAGGUCCUGGUUCACUGCAAGAUGGGUGUCUCGCGUUCCGCCUCGGUCGUCAUAGCUUACGCGAUGAAGGCCUACAACUGGGACUUCUCCCAGGCUCUCAGACACGUCAAGGAGAAGCGCAACUGUAUCAAGCCGAACAACAGUUUUCUCCUGCAGCUCGAGACCUACCAGGGCAUACUCGACGCGAUGAAGAACAAGGAGAAGCUCCAGCGCUCAAAGUCGGACACGAAUCUCAAGUCGCCGGGCAGCAACGACAAGUCAUCGUCGUCGUCGUCAUCUUCCUCGUCGUCCUCGUCGUCGUCGUCGCCUCCGAGCGGCAAUGACAAGAAGAACGAGGACAACAUGCGGAUGGACAGCAACGUCGUUGGUGCUGGCGAUGGCAACGGCAAUGGAGCUCUGUUGCUGCUACAGUUGGGAGAUGACGACGACAGCGCGGGACAAACGGAGGAGCAGUCGGGCGCCGAGCUCAAAAAGACCGGCCAGAGGCCCAAGAGUUGGUCGCCCAACGCCGAGCUCACCGGGGACGUCCCUCCUGCAGCUCCUUUAUCGCAGUCCUUGGAGAGCAUCGACAAGUCGGCGAAUCCCGAGGUGACGCGCGAGGACCUGAUGCGCUGCUCGAGCGCCAAAACAAACGCCAUCAACGCGAUGAACAACAACCACAAGAACGGCUGCGAGCGCGGCACCUCGCAGACAGAGUCGUCGCGCAACGUUCUCAUGCCCUGCGACAACGGCCAGUCGUACAGCGUCUCGCAGAACCAGAUCGUCCACCUGCCCGGGCCGGAGACGACGAGCGCCGGUUGCGCCUGCAAGCACGGCCGCAUCGACGGUAGCAACAACAACAGACUCGAGAAGCGCAAGGGCCUGGUGCUGAACCUAACGAAUCAGUUCGAGGCGGCGAGCAGCAAGCCUUCGUCGCCGAGUUCCGACACGGAGAUGAGCGCUGGAGGUAGGCAGCAGAGUGGUAGUCCAGUCGUCGAGAAUGGCUGCUGCGGCCACGAGGACGUCGAGUCCGCGACCGAGUCGAGCGAGAUGCAGACGCAGCCGACUGGUGGCGAUUGUCUAGUCUGGACGGCGUCCACCGAGGUCAAGUGUAUCCAGACCAACGGCAGUGGUCUCGAGCUGGGCACCGACGUGGAGCCGACGAGUCAGCCUGGGCGCAGAGCGCCAAAGAAGGAAGGCGAUCCCUUCAGUGCCCAGCUCGACCGAGUGUUUGAGCGGGAGGAGGGCCGAGAGCCCCAGCAGCAGCCGCCGAUAAUACUGCGCGAGUCACCGAGUCGUCAGAGUAGUUGGAGCAGUUACGACAGCGCGGUGGCCAUGGACAAUAGCUCGGUGCACAGCUCGUGGGCGACGCUGCCCUCGAGGAACAGCUCGUGGGGUUCCUACGACAUGCGGCCCGGUGACUCUCUGGGUUCCAGCGGUAUUUUCCCGUACGAUCGCGAGGAGAUACCUUGGCACCCGGGUACCGUCAAGCGCACCAAACAGAAGCUCGAGGAGAGCUCGACCGGUACGUCGAAGCGAGUGUGUACCCAGUCCGAGCAGACGACCGACGACAAGUCGACUACCGACGUUGAAGUAGAAAAUCCCACCGAAGCCUACAGCAACGCUGCUCUGCUUAACUACAACUCGUCGCCGACUCCUCGGCGGAGGGAUGCCUCGCCCGAGCAAGUCCAGCCACAGCAGCAACGCGUCAGCACGACACCUCCUCGCAGCACAAGUUCCGGUGGAGCAGCGACCGCCGUCCCGAUCGACAUAUCGCUCUCUUCGUCCGCGCGACGCCGAGCUGCCUCCUCGAAUGGUGGCAGUAGUGGUGCGAGCCGUCUGUCGACCAGCGCCCCUGCGCCCUCGUCUCUGUCGGGUGGUUGCGCCGGUGACGCCGAGCUCGUUCCCUCGGCGUUGCGCAGCUGCAAGUCCGAGAGCGAGACCUCGAGCCAAAGCGUCGUCGACACGCCUCAGUGUCCCUCGGUCAAGCACCACAAGAUGGUUCUCGAGAACCUGUGCAACAAGCCCCUCUUCAAGAAGCGCGGCCUCCCGACGAGCACGAGCGCACCUGGGCCCGCCACGGACCCGGAAUCGCCCGAGUCCGAGUGCCCGCCGCGCAGCACCUUCGGCAUCGUCAAGAAUCUCAAGAAGGAAUUCGAGGCCAAGUCGUCGAGCCGGCUCGAGCGCAGUCCCGACAGCAGUGCCAGCAACUCCGACGCGACACAGCCGCAGGACAACUGCAGGGAUCGCCAGAAGAGGGACGCCAAGAUACGUAGCCUGCCCUCCUCGCCCGUCAUACCGCGCAGCGAGUCCAAGAUCCAAGCGCCACCGAGCAUAUCGGGCGAGGCGACGCGCGCGAGCUUUAUUGCGUCCAAGAGGUGCAGCGAGCCACUGCCGUCGACGCGACCCAGCACAUUCGACGAGGACAACGGAGCCGUGAGCAGCAGCCUCGAGGACCUGUCGGUCAAGGUCCUCGUGGGCAAGUACGAGGUGGCCAAGCCGACAGCCCGACUCGGUGAAGUCCAAUUGCGCACCAGCUCUGCCGCCCAGCAGCAGCAAUACAACAAUCAUCGGUCCGAGCAGGUGGUCGAGCACCCGCCUGCCAAGUUCAAAAUAGCUCCGGAUUUGUCCCGUCGCUCGGCCCCGAUGAUCGUCAGCCAUCACGCGGCCUCGCUCUUCUGCGACUCGGGAAGCGCGAGUUCGGCGGCGGUCGAGGCACCGGGACGGCCACCCUCGGUACCCUCACCCAGCCAAGUUGUCGAAAGCGUGAUAGCAAAGGCCGCGAGCCGGAAGCAGCAGCACGGCCGGACCCAGCAGCACGGACGGACCCAUCCUUUGGCGAGGCUGCAAGUAAGGCCCAGGCACAGCAGUCCCGUCUACAACACCAUGUGAAAUGAAAGCAGACUUGUCGGGAGGGUGAAGAACGGGCCCGCGAGCCGAUGCUUCUUUGGCUUCUCAAGCAGUGAUUAUGUGACCAUGUGUUUACGUGUAUACCUAUGUAGUAUGUGUAUUUAUGGAUUUUUUUUUUUUUUUUUUUUUUUUUUCUUACUGAUUCCUGUGAGACGACGUGAGAAAUGAACCACGUUAAAUUACAAGUGUGAUCUCCUCAAUAAAAAUGAACCUAGAGCUAAGUUAUUAAUCAUCGGUGAGCGUAAUUUUAAAAUAAGUCGUGCGAGAGAGAGAGAGUGGACGGUCAUUUUUUGUUUGAUCUGAGGCUUGGUGUUGAUUGGUGAUUUAUACUUUUUGGGGUGAAAUUUAAAAGCUACUUUAAUUUCUUGCUUGUUUUUGUACUGUAUUUUGGGAGAGGAGAAAAUUGUAAAUACCAGGAUAAAAUGUAAAACAUUAAUUGUACAUUAAAAAAAAUCUGUACUCGAAUAUAACAUGAUCAUGCAAAGGAAAAAGUAUCUAUUUCAAAUCAACAAAAAGCGUUAUUGUCUGUUUGGUGUUUUGUUAUUUUUUUGUGAGUGAUUGUCGUGACUCAGAGCAUAGAUUUUUCGUUAAGACCAACCGGUGAUGCCAAUUAUGUUAGCGACGAUGAAAGUCGCGUUAUCGUGAAAUUGUACUGUCAUUCUAAAGUCUGGCUAAGAUAAUUUAUACUCUUACAAACUUUACAUCCUCAGUAACCAAAAUUUGAUUGUAUAAUUACAUUGAACAUAAAGCAUUACAAGUUAAGAUUUUAUAUGUAUUAAAUUUUAUCAAGUUUAAUCGAUACUUUUGACAAAUAAAAUACUAAUAAUUUCUGAUUAACUGUAUUCAGUAGCCAAAAUACAAUAUACUGCCAUUUUACGAAUUUUUACGCAUGGCAGUCUCAUUAAACGGUCAUUGACGAAAGCUGCAGAGAGAGAGAGAGGAUUGCUGGUAUGAAAUCACUAAUGUGUAACUGUAAAUAAAUUAUGAAUAAGUUGGAAAAAGUUUGCUUAAUUAAACUGGAUGACUAAAAAAAAAAAAAAUUGUGUAUCAUUCAAAAGUGAAUUAUGAUAUGAUUAAUUUCUAUACGUAUGUAAUGACUGUAAUUUGCCGUCGAAAGUAAGCAAAUGAUGAUAAAACGAUAAGCGAAGUGACGUGUGUGGAAACGAUAUUUUCGGACCUUUCAAAGCGAAAGGUGCAGUGAGCGCCCGGUCAGGCUGUGAAUGUAAAUGUCCGGGUCUCGCUUGGACUUCUGGUCUGUUUUUGUUUUUUUAUAAAAUACGAAAAGAAAAAGGAUUUUUGAAAAAGUAAUGAGUCACGUAAAGCGAGAAGUGCGUCCCCGAUGUUGUGCAUCGAAUCGACACGUUCAACUAUUAAACUAUUAGCAAUUUUUUUUAGCGAGCAAUGUGAUGAGUUGGCAAGACGUGCACGCCGAAAAAAAAGGCGUGCAAGUGUUGUUAGACAACGUGGUAGCACAAGAUGCGACAUGAAAGAGUUGCAAUCGCAGCAAGCGAUUUGCGACCAGACUAUACAUAUAGAUGUAGCAGGCGAGAGCUUUAAAUGCAAACUGUUUCAGUUAUUAUUUGAAAAGCUGCUUUUGACUUAUUGGUAUUUCUUUGUGUUGAUGCUUGCAUCUUGUACAGUGAUUACGCAUGUUUGAAAGUUCAGAAAAGCAAAUUAACUUAUUUUGUUUUUUAUGAAAAUGCGCAACGUUCCUAAUCUCGAUAUUAUUUGUCAGAUAAACUUAUUUUUUAGAAAAAAACAGUUGCGGUAGAUAGAUUCUCGAGUUAUUUCAAUCAAUUUGAUUCGAUUAAAUAGAUCCUUUGAAUAAUGUAAAUAAGGUGUCACUAAACGAACGUGAAACCUAGAUCAAUAACUAUACACAGUCUCUCUACUUGUAAUUCAUUAAAAGAAGGAAACUUACCACGCUACUUUUUGUAUAUUACAUUAUAUCGUAAUUGUAUUAUAAGUAAUUAUUAUCGAAUGAUCAACAGAAGUAGUUAGCAAAUGAAUGUUCAAAUCGGUAGGAUUACUUUCAAAGCUGCAGUCGAAUUAUUUAUCGUGAUUCUCGAAAGCCAAAAGUACAAGCCUUUAUCGCGAAGAAGAAGAAAAAAAACCGGAGGGUGCUUAGCUCAUUGAUGA